AUGGAAGGAGCUCAAGCAAACAAAGCUCACCGACAGGGGCUGACUCGCAAACCUGCUAAAGCAAAACUCCAUCAGAAUGGUCAUAAUGCUAAAGCUUUCGCUGUAAGUGCUCCAGGCAAACUUCAGCGUCAAGCUGCGAGGCUGGGUGAAAUAAAAGAGAGAGCUCUUCACGUUCCCAUGGUUGAUCGGACCCCUGAGGAUGACCCACCCCCCGUGAUAAUUGCGGUUGUGGGUCCACCUGGGACCGGUAAAACCACGCUUAUCAAAUCAUUGGUCCGUCAUCUUACGAAAACUACACUUACUGAAGUGAAGGGUCCCAUCACCGUUGUUUCUGGGAAGCGUCGAAGGGUAACCUUCAUGGAAGUGGCCAACGACUUGAACUCAAUGAUCGAUGCUGCGAAAAUUGCCGAUUUAGUAUUGUUAUUGAUCGACGGAAACUUCGGUUUGGAAAUGGAGACGAUGGAGUUUCUCAAUAUUGCCCAACAUCAUGGUAUGCCACGAGUUUUGGGUGUGGCAACCCACUUGGAUUUGUUCAAGCUGGCACUGUCUUUGAGGACAGCAAAGAAAAGAUUGAAACACAGACUUUGGACUGAGGUGUACCAAGGUGCGAAAUUGUUCUAUCUUUCGGGGGUGCUUAAUGGCCGGUACCCAGACCGCGAGACACUCAACUUGCUGAGGUUUAUCUCAGUGAUGAAGUUUAGACCUCUCAAAUGGAGAAAUGAACACCCAUAUUUGCUUGCUGACCGCGUAACAGACUUGACACACCCUCAAGUGAUUGCUCAAAAUCGCAAAUGUGAUCGCACGGUGGCAGUCUACGGGUAUCUUCACGGAACUCCACUUGCAUUUGAGGAUGCACCAGUCCACAUCGCUGGUGCUGGGGAUUUCAUUGUUUCGCAAGUGGAAAAGCUCCCCGAUCCCUGUCCAACUCCUCACUAUGAGCAAAAGCUUGAAGAAAUUGAACGUGAGAGAAUCAAGGCUGCUGCAGAACUGGGUGAACCGAUUGCGAAAACAACACGCCGACGUAAAAGGCUCGAUGAUAAGCAGAAAAUAAUUUACGCACCCAUGUCAGACGUUGGUGGUUUACUCAUGGAUAAAGAUGCUGUCUACAUAGAUGUUGGUACAGAGGCAUUCUCCAAAGAUAAUGUCGACGCAGGAGAAGGCGAAAAGAUGGUGACUGAUCUUCAAGAUGCGACCAAAUCCAUGGCCGAAAGAUUUGAGGAUGACCCUGGACUCCAACUUUUCACAGACGGCACCACCUUGCAACAUGAAGAAGUGCAAGAAAAUCUGGAAAAACAAGGGCUUUUGGACGAGGUUGAACAAGCUGAGAUACUUCACAAUACUGGUCGAACCAAGUUAAGAAAGCCAAAAAUGAUUGGAAAGAAAAUCACAGACGACGUUGAAUUUGACGAAGUUGAGCUGGGUGACGAGGAUAUCGAAAUUGAACUGAACCAGAUGGCAGUUGAUUUAGGUGAGCGCUAUAAAGAAGAUGAGCUCGAAUUUGCUGAGGAUUCGGAAAUCGAAGAUGAUAACACGGUCAUCGCUCAACGUUUGAGAGGACGGGAGACGAAAACUUGGAACAUCAACAAAUUACUCUACUCCUCGAUAUCACCCGGUGAAGUGCUCCAACGCUGGAAGGGUUUGGAAGUAGAGGAGGACAUUGAAGAAAACGACGAAGUAUUCUUCAAAAAGAAGGCAAUCGACGAAGACUUCAAAUUGUCCAAGUCUGAAUUUCCCGAACUAGAAAUUUUGAGGCUGUUGUUCUGCCAAGUUGGUGAUGAUGAUGAUCUCCCUGAAAAUGGAUAUCAGUCUUUGAAAAACAGGUUUCUUAUAGCGCCAAAACUUGCCGAAAAUGAUGGUGAAGAUGAUACCGAAGCUGAAAACGUGGAUGGUGACUUUGAAGACCUAGAAGCCGACGAAAACGAAGAUUCUGACUUGAAAGGUGGUGAGGCUGAAGAAGACCAAACCAAUAAUAACGAUGAUUUUGCUGAUUUCGAUGAGGAAGAGAGGAAGGCUGAAAUGGAAGAGCCUCCUGUUCUCACGACUGAUCAGAAACGUCAACUCGCCGCUGAGAAGAAGGCAAAACUUAAAUUGCAAUUUGAAGAGGAGGAAGAACAAGACUUUGGCGCUGAUGAUUUCAGCAACGAAGCUGACAAUUGGUAUGAGUUUCAAAAAGCAAAAAUGGCCAAACAGUUGGAAAUCAACAAGGCUGAACUUGAAGCUAUGGACCCCACCACGAGAUUAAAAAUUGAAGGGUAUCGUGCAGGUUCUUACGUCAAACUCGUAUUCAAAGAUGUGCCCUGUGAGUUCAUUGAAAACUUAUCUCCGGAGUAUCCUAUUGUUGUUGGGGGUUUGCUUCCUACGGAGAUGAGAUUUGGAGUCAUGAACUCUCGAAUCAGGCGUCAUCGUUGGCACAAAAAAAUUCUCAAAUCGCUGGACCCCCUUAUUCUUUCUCUUGGUUGGCGGAGAUUCCAGACAUUGCCCAUAUAUACUACAUCCGACUCGCGGACGCGUAACCGUAUGUUGAAGUAUACCCCGGAGCACGCUUAUUGUUUUGCACUGUUCUAUGGGCCUUUGGUAGCUCCAAAUACUCCGUUCAUUGGCUUCAACAUUCUUGACGAAAAGAACACGACCGGUCUGUUCAGAGUUGCUGCUACAGGAAUCAUCCAAGAUCUCAACUCGCUGGUUGAAAUCGUCAAGAAAUUGAAGCUUGUUGGGUAUCCCUACAAGAUUUUCCGCAAUACAGCUUUCAUUAAGGAUAUGUUCUCAAACGCGUUGGAGGUUGCAAAGUUCGAAGGUGCUCAAAUCAAAACGGUUUCAGGUAUUCGAGGUGAGAUAAAGCGUGCACUCUCCAAACCUGAAGGUCACUUUCGUGCCACCUUUGAAGAUAAGAUUUUGAUGUCAGACACGAUAUUUUUGAAGACAUGGUACCCGGUGAAGAUCAAGCAUUUCUAUAAUCCUGUCACCUCACUUCUCAUGAGCAACAAAGGUGAGUGGCAAGGUAUGAGAUUGACUGGUCAGAUUCGACGUGACCAGAAUAUUGAAACACCGUUACGCGAAGAUUCUUCUUAUAAGCCUAUCGAGCGCAAAGAACGCCAUUUCGGUCCUCUUAAAGUUCCAAGAACUCUUAAGGCUCAGUUACCAUUUAAGGCUCAAAUUGUAGAGAAGAAACCCCGGAAGAGAGAAACUUACAUGGCCAAGCGAGCAGUGGUCUUGAGCGGGGAAGAAAAGAAGGCUCGGGAUUUGUUAGAAAAGAUCGAAUCAAUCAAGAGAGAGAAGGAACUGAAAAGAAAGUCCAAGCUGCAGGAGAAGCUGAAAGAGAAAUUGAAAGAGUUGGCAAAGAAAGCCGAAUUCCGCAAGGAAAAGGAAAUGGAACGCAAGAAAGAAUACUUCCAGAGAGCGGGUAAACGUGAAAAUCUGCAGAAAAACGGUGGUGGUGGUAAGAGACAAAAACGUUAA